AUGGAAUUAUCAAAUACAAAUUUUUUAGAUUUACAAUUGCAAUUUAUUGAAAAAGAAAAGACAAUACAAGUGGAAGAGAUAACACAUCUUGGGUUGGCCAUUCUCAAUUUGGUUCCAGGAAAAAUAAGAACGGGACUUGGUGGUAAAUGUCUUGUGGAUUUUGAAAAUGGCCCAGGGACAUAUCCUACGAUUCGUCUAUAUGCUCAUAAGUUUCAUACAGGAGAUUUAGUACAAAUUAGAGAACACAGUACACAAAAAAGUAAAACUGAUCAAAAAAAUAAAGAUUUUAAAGAAAAUAUUUUUGAAGCAUUAGUUUUGACUGUUAAAGAUGUAAAAAUUACACUUUCUGUUAAUAAUAAGAGUGAUGAAGAUUUGCCAAGUUCUUCUAAAAAAUAUUGGAUUGUAAAGCUCGCAAAUAAUCAUAUAUUCAAAAGAAUGUCUGAUACAAUUAUUAGACUUAAAGAAAUGAAAGAUGAGGAAAUGACUUUACUUACAAAAGUUCUUCUUGAACGAGAAAAACCAUCUUUGCCUUGGAGAAAAGAUGAAAAGGAUUCUCCUAUAUCAAAUUUUUCACUUUUUGAUAAUACACUAAAUGAUGGACAAAAAAAAGCAGUCGAGUUCUCUUUAGCAAGUAAAGAAAUUACCGUCAUUCAUGGUCCACCAGGAACCGGAAAAACUUCUACUUUGAUUGAAAUUAUUCGACAAUUUGUUUUCAGAAAUAAACGUUUAUUAGUUUGUGGACCAUCUAAUGUCUCUGUUGCAGAUAAUAUUGUUGAACGUCUUUCUAAGCAUAAAAUCCCAUUGAUUAGGAUUGGUCGUCCUGAAAGACUUUUACCACCUAUAUUAUCGCAUUCACUUGAUAUUGUUGUAAAGACAUCAGAUCAAGGAAAAAUCAUUCAAGAUCUUAGGAAAGAAAUAAAUGAUGCUUUAAAAAAAAUAGGAAAAGCCCGAUAUAAAGAACGUAAAGCUAUUUAUGACGAAAUUAAAGUAUUAAGGAAAGAAUAUAAAGAAAGAGAAAAGAAAUGUAUUAAUGAUAUUAUAAAAGAAAGUAUAGUUAUUUUAAGUACAUUACAUGGAGCGGGUGAAAAGUGUUUAUAUAAUGAAAAAUUCCAUGUAGUAAUUAUAGAUGAAGCAUCACAAGCUUUAGAAGCACAAUCCUGGAUUCCUCUUAUAAAUGCCGAAAAAGUUAUUUUAGCAGGUGAUCAUUUACAAUUGUCACCAAUAAUAAAAGCAAAACUAAAUAGUGAUUCUGAAAAAAUAGUUACCACUAGUUUACUGGAGAGAAUUUUGAAGACUCAUGGUGAUGAUAUUAAAUGUUUUUUAGAAAUCCAAUACAGAAUGCAUAAAAAUAUAUGUAAAUUUCCAUCUAAUGAAUUAUAUAAGGGCAGAUUAGUGCCAGAUAAGAGUGUAGAAAAUAGACUUUUAAAAGACUUAGAUGGGGUCAAUGAUACAGAAGAAACACGUGAAUCUUUAGUAUUCUAUAAUACACAAGGUGCAUAUAUGUAUGAAAGCAUAGAAAAUAAUGAACAUAUGAACAUUUUUUCUGAAAGUAAAAGUAAUCAGAUGGAAGCAUCGUUAGUAAAUGAAUAUGUUAUCAAAUUAAUAAAUGCUGGAGUUAAACAAGAAGAUAUAGCUGUAAUUACACCUUAUAGUGCUCAAGUCUCUUUGUUAUUGCAAAUUUUAAAAGAAAAAUAUCCACAAAUAGAAAUAAAUACAGUUGAUGGAUUUCAAGGACGAGAAAAAGAAGCAAUUAUUUUCUCAUUAGUAAGAAGCAAUGAAAAAGGAGAAGUAGGAUUUUUAGUGGAUAAAAAAAGACUUAAUGUAGCUAUAACAAGGCCUAAAAGACAUCUUUGCAUUAUAGGUGACUCUCAAACUAUAGAAAGGAAUAGUGGGUUUUUAAAACGCUGGGUACAAUAUCUAGAAUACAAUAGUGACCUGCGUUACCCAUUAUAA